AUGGUGUCGUCCACGCGAAACAAGUCCCUGCUGGGGCUUGUUGGAAUCUUGGGGCUGCUCGGCGCUGUGGAAGCAGACAACAAGGUCCUGUAUCCUGCUGCGGAGGGAAUGACAUUCUACCAGGGCGAUUCCGUCGCUGUCAGAUAUGUCACGGAUUACGCCGACCCCAAGUUGAACAUCUUCUGUUAUGAUGAUGUGGCGGGCAGCGGGGUGAUCAACAAGCUUGAAACAGCCAUCACUGUGGGCACAGGCACAAAGACCGUCGUCCUCAACAUGGACGGCGUGAGCGGGUGCUGGUUCAAUCUGCAGAACGCCAACAACAUAUGGGGUGUCAACAGCCCGAUAUGGACGUUUAAGCAAAGCCGUCCCGUCCAGACGACUACACAGCCGCCAGCAGCACCACCACCAGCGGCAGCCACGACGACGAAAGGCACUACUACUGUGGUCCCGCCAGCACAAACAACCUCACCAGCGGACGAAGCCUCGCCACCACCGGCUCAAGCACAAGCAGAGACAUCACCAGCCACGACUGCCGACUCCUCACCCACAACGACUCCAAUCGCAGAGACGUCAGACGUGGACUCGUUAGCCGUGAACUCCUCGUCAACAACUGCUGACCCAGCAACCAAAACAGCAGUCACAUCCACAAGCACAGGUCACCUGUCGAACCCAACAGAUCCAGCGGCCAUCCCAGGCUCCAGCGGCAGCAAUAACAAUAAUAACAACAACAACAGCAGCAGUGGCAGCAGCAGUGGCAGCACCGGUGCUUCCAACGGCGGCGGUUCCAGCGGUGGUAACGGGAGUGGUGGCGGCGACACGAGGGACGGUGGUCUCUCGGACGGCGCGAAGGCCGGGAUCGGGGCUGGCGUGGGCGUGAGCGCGGCUCUCGCCAUCGCGGGCCUCGUCUUCUUCCUCAUGGCCCGCCGCAGGCAGCGCCCUUCGUACGGCGCCAACGAGCUCCCGGCCGAGGACUACCCCACGAGCACCUUCAUCUCACAACAGGGGCAGCAGUUGCAGCAGCAAAACUACCAGAACGACCUAGCCAAGCGUCAGAGCAGGGGAGGUAGUAGCGGGUGGACCGCACCGUCGCCACAGGAGUUCUACGCGAAACCAGAACAGUACGGCGGCGGGCCUUAUGAGAUGCACACGGGUGUACAGCCGCCUGAGCUGCCCACGCUCGAGCGGCCCCAGGAGGUAUUAUCGCCAGGCAUGUUUCCGUAUAACCAGCCGCCGGAGGCGGUACCGUCGUCAACCGUGUUGUCGUAUAAUCAGCAUCCAGAUGUGGCGCCGACGGCAACGAUGUUCCCGUCGAAUCAUCAGGGGUCCAAGUGGUAA